GCCGUCUGGGGAGCGUGAGCCAGCGGGUGGCGCACGGCGCAUGGUGGCGGCUCCUCUCGGAGCGCAGCCGACCCGCUGACCCGGGCUCCGUUCCCCCUUACCCGGCGCGCCCCAGCAGCCGGCUAGAGGCAGAAACAGCAGCAGUACUAACAGGAGCAGCGGCGGCUGCUUCGCCGCGGGAGCAUGGAGUGCGCCCUGGACGCCCAGAGCCUGAUCAGCAUCUCCCUGCGCAAGAUCCACAGCUCCCGGACCCAGCGCGGCGGCAUCAAGCUGCACAAGAACCUCCUGGUGUCCUACGUGCUCCGCAACGCGCGCCAGCUCUACCUGAGCGAGCGCUACGCCGAGCUCUACCGGCGCCAGCAGCCUCCGCUGCAGCCGCAGCCGCCCCUCCACCAGCACCAGCCCCUCGGUUACGCGGCGGCGGCGCCCGGCAUGCCGGCCAGCGCGGCCGACUUCGGCCCACUCCAACUUGGCGCGCCCUCCGCGCCCUCCGCGCCCCCAGGGGCCGCCCCUCCGGCCGCCGCCUCCCCGCCCAUCUCCCCGGCCCCCGCCUCCUCCUCGGGCUUCUACCGGGGCGCGUACCCGGCCCCCUCGGACUUCGGCGUGCACUGCAGCAGCCAGACCACCGUGCUGGACCUGGACACACACGUGGUGACCACGGUGGAAAACGGCUACUUGCACCAGGACUGCUGCGCCUCCGCCCACUGCCCCUGCUGUGGCCAGGGCGCUCCGGGACCGGGCCUGGCGUCCGCCGCCGCCGGGUGCAAGCGCAAGUAUUACCCUGGCCAGGAGGAGGAGGACGACGAGGAGGAGGACGCGGGCGACUUGGGGGCCGAACCCCCCGGGGGCGCCCUGUUCGCCCCCUGCAAGCGCGCCCGCUUCGAGGACUUCUGCCCGGACUCGUCCCCGGACGCGUCUAACAUCUCAAACUUGAUCUCCAUCUUUGGCUCGGGCUUCUCGGGGCUGGUGAGCCGACAGCCGGACUCGGAGCAGGCGCCGCCGCUCAACGGGCAGCUGUGCGCCAAGCAGGCGCUCGCCAGCCUCGGCGCCUGGACUCGAGCCAUUGUCGCCUUCUAGGGACCCCCGAGGGCACGGGGCCCCGGGGCCCCGCGGGGCUAGGGCCAGACAAAGACUCGACCAAGGGGCGAGAAGAGGGAGCGAGCGGGCGCCCAGCCACUCGGACCUGAGCUGGGGGCGAGCAGGGGGAGGCGGGUGAUGUUUUAUAAUUGUAAAAUAAAGAAAAAGAAAUAUAAAAUCUUGGACUUUAUUUUUGCAGAGAGAAAAAGCGCCUAUUUAAGUAUGCUUUGUGUUUCUCCUACUCUUUUUUUUCCCCUCUUUUUAUUGUAGUGAUUGCAGUGGUGUUUAGCGAGGAGCCUGCCACGUGAGGGAGGGCUGCGGCCCGCAGGAGCUGCCGGGCGGCCGAGGGCGAGGCAGGGCGCGCGGGCCACCGGGGCGCAACGCAGGAGGGCGCGGAGCUGGGGACGCAGAUUCCAAUCAGUUGUCAGACGCGGGAAGCCCGACGUUCCGCUCUCCUGAGUCCCUCUGUGGGGUGAGGAAUGAGUCUUGUGAAAUCCUCAGCAAAAAACAAAGGCAAACUCUAUCUCCAAAAGGGACGUUUGGGUCACAUUUCCUCUCUGGGGGCGGCCUCCAAAGUUCUCCAAAUGAGAAGGCAGAAAUGAAAACACUUCAACUUUUUUUUUUCUUUUCUUCCCGGGGCGGGUGUUUUGAACCCCUUCUCUCCCCGCCCCUCUGGCUCCGCUCUCCUCCCAUCCUCCACCAGUCUCCCGGAUUCCGGGGUGGCGCCCGACACCCCGACACUCUGGACACUGUUUGGGGAAAGGGUGGGGGGCGAGCACAGAGGACUACAUUUCCCAUCAUGCCCAGCACUGCGGUCCUCACUAAACAAAAAAGGAAGUCGAUUCCUUCACCUGGAUCCCCGGCGGCCCCGGGGGAGGGAGGGGCCGGGCCCGCCGACUGCGUCGGAGACUUCUCACUAAGUUCCUGGUCAGCUGUGAUGUUUGUGUGUGUUUCUGAGUUGCACGGUCUCUGCUCAGCCUUCGGUUGCAUUUCAUGAAACCAGCAUUGUUCGAGUCUGUGAGAACCCUGUCCUGUGAUCUUCAGCUCCAUAGAUUUUAAUUUAAAAGCCUUUUGUUGUAAAAAGCUGGGGGUUCAUCUGCAGCCCCUCUCGCACCAUGCGGACUCCAAGACAGGUUGCCAGUUACCUUCCUCUGCCCUUCUCCCCCGUUCUCCUGUAUUUUGUGCAUACUGGAUUGUGUAUCACCGGAUAAAACUGUUCAGAUGAUUUGUUUAAAUUUAUAAUCUUAAUAAAAAGUCGAUUGUAGAGUA